AUGUAUGAUACCUUUUGUAUUGAAACCUUUUCUUUCUCAUAUUUUUUUUCCAGGCAAGAAGAAGGUUCAUUGACCUAUGAUGAAUCGGUAUGGAAGAGAUUUUCAUCUCCUCAGAGCGCACCUACUACACCAAGGCAACUAUUCCAACAGAAGACGGCGACCUGUGAACCCAUACCUGGCCGGGGGUCACCCAUACCAGGGCGGGGUUCACCCAUCCCCUCUGUGGUACAGCAGAUCUCUCUCAUCAAGGGCGGUUAUGGGAAGGGGCUGGGAUUCAGUAUCGUUGGGGGCGAGGAUUCACCGAAAGGACGAAUGGGUAUCUUCAUCAAGACUAUCUUCACAUCGGGAGCUGCCGCAGCAGAUGGAAGAUUACGAGAAGGAGAUGAAAUCAUGUCAGUGAAUGGUGAAACUUUGAAUGGGAUGACACAUAAACAGGCCAUUAAUAAAUUCAAGCAAGUAAAGAAAGGCGUGGUGACCCUGACGGUGAGGAGUCGAUUCUCUCCGAGACCGUCCCCUGCUAUUAGCCCAAUCACAAGCCCUAUCGUACCACCAAGAAGGUAGGCAUAUUGUACUAAAAAUAUAAAAUGAUCGUGACGGUAAAACAACCAGCUUAUUGUUGCUGGGCUGAUAAAACCUCGUAACUCAAAAUUUAAACAUUUUGAUGACAGCUCAGAAUAAGCCAGAGUUUUAGAGUUAUAACAUGGGUAGCAACCUUUUUUUGCCUCAAAAGAGUUCUUCAUAGUUAUCAGGAGACUGUUUUUAGACAAUAUGAGACUGCCAUCAUUGCUAUAUUUUUGAAAUACAGCCUUUUUCUAAGCUGCCCUCAAAAUGUUUAAUUUUGAGAUACAUGGUUUUAUCAGCCCAGCCACAUUAUUCAAGAUAGGACCAUGGGAUUGCAUUUGUUGGCUUUACUUUUUAUACAGCUCAUUAUUAGAAGAGAAGAGUCUUACUUUUUUGUUCAGCUCAUAUCAUAAAAAAGACAGAUAUAGUUAGCUUGAGAUCAAUUGAAGGAUGAUAUCUUUGAGAAAAGAAUGAGAGAGAAAGAGAGAGAGAGAGAGAAUGUGAAGGAAAAAAAGAAGGAAGAGAAUUGGAAAAGAGAGUGGAGGGGGAGGAAACAGAGGGAGAGAGACAGAGGGAAGAAUAGCAGCUAUGCGUAAAAUAUUAAUAGGUAAAUUGUUCUCUUUUCUAUUUUUAGUUUCUUACAGUACUUGAGGGAUUAAUUUUGUUAAAAUUGAGGUACGAUCCAAGUAUUCAUCAGUUCAAAUCCAAUGUUUUUUUCCUGUGCUUUUGAGUCAAGCUCCCUCACAUGUCCAAAUAUUGCAAUCUGAUAUCUACUUGGGUGGGAAAGUGCACCUUGCAGUUGCAUCAUGAAGCAGAUGCCAGUCAGCCACCGAUGAACUACUCAUUUUGAACUUGUUGACCAAGAAUGUAUUGAAAUAUAUAGAACAAUCAACACCUCCUUACAUACUUCCACAGCAUCUUGAAUACUUUUAAAAUGAUCAAAAGAUAAAUGAAGAUUUCCAUGUUGAUUUGGGGAUUUAUUGUGCUUUAAAAGGUGACAGUUGACAAACAGAACAGUCUGGAAUAGAUGUUAUCAUACAAUUCUGGCAUUUGUUGUAAACUUUUGUAAAACAUGGUCCAUAUGAGUGUCAAAUUUAGGAACUUUAUGACCCCAUUCGCAUUACCUGAGAUAAUACGAACUGUUGAGACUUCUCUUCUCGCAUUGAAAAUCUGAUGAAAAUAAAAUUCCUCUUUUGUAAUGGUAUGGUAAUGUAACUAAUGUUUAUUCCAAACGGAAGAUGAACUCUCUAAAGAUCUAGGGUGAUCCCUAUCGAGAGUGCUGCGAUUGAUUACAUAAUUGGCGUAUCUGGGGGGCACAUGCCUAGGGGUCCUUCUAUUGGAGUGUGGAUGCAACUAAAGGCAAAUUAAAAAAAAAAUGUCACUUUUUUGAAGAGUCCGCCAUCUUGGGCCCAUUUCAUAAAGAGUUGCAACUAACUGCCAUUAAGUCAUCUACCAUGGUAAUAGGGACCGGCAGCCAAUCAUAAUCCAGGUAUCCAUAAUUGUUGUAGUAAUAGUAGAGUUACCUUAUUUGAAAUUCUUUAUGAAACAGGCUUCAGAAGUUGGAAGGGGUAUGCAUUUUAGCCCCUACUCUGGUGUCAGAUGUUUGAAGGAGCCCGGUAUCUGUGCUUUUCUCGGUUGCUUGUGACAACUGCCAAUAUCUCUUGUUUGUCUUCAGAGGGUCUUACUGAUUAAUAAUAACUAUAAAUUGGACAUGCACUGUGCCUAAAUCCACUCUGUAGAGUUCUCAAGACUCUUUUCAAAUAAUCUUGGAAGAUUGAAUAGAAAUGCCUUAGGCUUUUUUUUUUAAGUUUCAGAAGUUAAACAUUUUUCUAAUUUCGUCAGAAAGCCUGUUCCGUAACUUAGAGGAUGAGUGGAUAAAUGAUACCCCCCCCCCCCCCCCCCGGCUUUUGGAAACUGGGUAUAACAAGAGAACUGGAAGUGGAGAACAACGUAAGGAUUUUGAAGGGGUGUAGGUUUUAAUUAAUGAAAUGAGGUACUGUGGAGCAGGACCAUGCUCACAGUAGAAAAUUAAUAACAAAAUGUUAGAAAUUAUACAUUGUUUUACAGGGAGCCUAAUGGGAGUGUUUGUGGUGGAUAUGGAAACGAUAAGAGUACUCUACUGGAAUGUGAACAGGGUCUGAAAUAUGUUUCUCCCAUGAUCAAAUGCAUAGGAUUGCUAUGUGAGAUCACAACUUGAGAUAUCUACUUUGUCUAGAUUUAAAGUAGUGUUUAGAUAUCUAUCACGGAUAUGAAUCAUGGUUUACUUUCAUGGCGUGAUGGGGAGGGUCUGUUAUAAGCACUAAAAAAUGAUGAAUUGAUAAACCAUACAUUUUUCCCGUUCUGAUUAUUUGC